AUGUCGCUGUGGCUCGUGGAUCACCGUGUUGCCAAGAUCCCUGGGAUCUGGAAACACCGCAGCAGAAUUAGAAUAAAGGACCACGGCACGACAGAGCCCGAUGGAACCCCACAUUUCAGUUCCUCGGACCUCUUGCUCUACGCAGGAUCUCACGAGGACCUCACCAAACUGCGGGAUGGCAGUGAACAGCAGAGCAGGGCGCGGUGUUCCGCAGAGCGCCAGGGAGAGAGGAGAGCGGACGGGGCCCACCGCACGGCCGCGUUUCCGACGCGGGGCUCCGCAGGCUCUCCAGAAAGCCGCCGCUGGGCGACCGGCCACCCGCACGCAGCGGCGCUCCCAGGCGCGGGAACCUGCCCCGCCUACGCUAGCCGCAACCUCGCCCGGAAGUUCGGGGGGUCGCCGAGGAGUGACGGCGACCUCGCCGCGGCCGGGAGGCCGUUGGGAUACUUCCGGCCGGCAGGGCCGACCGAAGCGGGCCGCCACAGGCUCGAGCGCGCCGCACGGGUGGCUGGGAACGCGCGCUGCCCCGCCCCCUGCGGCGCGGCUCGGCCAAUCCCGGGCGCCGCCGGGGACCGCCGGCCACGGCCGCCGGAAGCGGGCCUAACGUCACUGCGAUCGGCAGCCGGCCUCUGGCCCCCGGCCGGCCGUGGGGGUGGUGCCGGCUGGCCCACGCUCGGGGGGCUUUCACACAGUUUGCGAGCAGAGGCGAAGCCGUUCCCCAAGGCCCCUCACACACCUCGGUGUCAGAAUUUCCCCCUUGCGCCAGCGCUGCCUCAAAUGUCAGGGCUCGCCCACUCUUCUCCUGUCUCGCCGACCUAACCUUUUGGGGGCUCAGAGGGGAAAUUCGCCGUUUCUGCCGGACCUCUCCGAGGCUUGCCCGCGCCAGCCUUUAGUGACAGUCGAAAAGUACCCUCACUCACUGUGGCAGAGGCCUAACUUAUACCCAGAAACUGCAGUUCAGCCCCUCGCCCUUUUCGGUGAACCUGGGAAAGGAUGAAAAUAGAGGGACCCUAUUCGCUGCACAUAAAAUUUCCCAUUCGGUGUCCGGCGAAAUGAAUUUAAUGUGGAAAAGAAGAUAAAAAAGGAAUGAGAAAUUGGUUGGAGCCCCAUUGUAAACUGUAGUGUUCUACAAAUGUAAACCGUUGAUCUAUAGCGAUAGUCGAAGGAACAUCUUUAGGGUGAAACUAAGACACGGCUUAGCAAGUAUUUACUGAGCACCUGCUCUGUGCCAGGGGCUGUAGCAGAUGACAGGGAUUCAGCAGUGACCAAGACAGGAAGGUCCUACUGAAUUCACAGGAUUAGAGGGAAACAGAUAAGUAAACAGAAGACAAAAUGCUAAAUAAGUACUAUCAAUGAGGAAAAAGAUACAUCCACAUUCAUAGAAAAUGAGUAUUUCGUGAGAUGAGAUGUGAAAUGUUAAGUGAUGAGCGGAAAAGUAAUAAGUAACCCAGCGCCAGUUUCUUUGCUAUUUAUUGUGAUCAGGCUACUUUGGGGGAGGGUUGUUUUUUGGAACCAGGAUCAGAAUGGCCACGGGUGGCUGUUGUUAAUGUAGGGCAGGCAAAAACUGUAUCUCUAUUUCCUUAGGGUGUCUGGCAAAGUCUGAGAAUUAAAUGGAUAUAAAAAGGUUAACAGAACAAAAGCGUACAAGUUAUUUAAGUUUUAGGAGACCCAGGAGCCUUCAUAAGAAAAUGAAGACCCAAAGAGGUGGCAAAAGGUAAGCGUUUACAUACGGAGUUGAGCAAAGAGUGGCAACUAUGGAAAAGUAGCUAAAGUAAAACAGAGAGACUGAAGGAAGAUAAGGGUUAUUGUAACAAGGUCUCCAUGUGCAAAUUCUUCCAGACUCAAGUGCUUCUCUGGUGGUGGCUCUUUCCUCUUGGCACUGAGAGGGCAGCUCUCACCUGAGAGUUUCCUCUUCUGCUUUCAGGAUGAAAAAAAUGGGAAUCUGAGUGCCUUUCUUGCACCUCUUGUUUAAAAAAAUGCCUUUAACUAAAAAUAAUAUGGCAAGGUGACAUUUGGAGGUAGCAUGUCCUGAACUCCUUCACACACAUUAUCAGUAUCAUUUCUCCAUUGCUGGAUGAGGAGCUCAUCAAGGCAGAACAGUAUCUUUAAAUGUUUCAAGCCCUUCAAGAAAAAGAUUUCAAGCUCUCUGAGAACAGCCAGAGACUUUUAGUUUGCACGUCCUGCAAUGCAUAAAGACUUACCAAAUGUAGAAUUAAAUAGUGAAUAGGAUGAGGUUUUCCUGCCUGGAAAUCAGGGACUGAAUUAGAAGGUGUCUUCACUGACAGUAAUAAAGCUACAUUUUUUGGUGAAUGGUUGAAUUUUUUGUUUUAUUUUGCAAAUUUGUGAUGAGAAAUAGCUAUGAGCUAGAAAGUUAAGAUGAGUGUCAUGGGUGUUAUGGACUUAUUAAGAAAUACUGAUAGAGUUUAUGGUGGCUAGAGUGUGAAUUUGGGUAUC